AUGAGUGACAAAUUAACAAGAUUAGAGAGACUCAAUAAAGAAGUCAAAAAGCAAAACAAGCUCAAAUAGCACUCAAAGAACAAUCGCUUUGAUGAUGACAUGGAUAUUGAGGCAUAUGAGGAUGAUGAAUAGAUAGAAGAAGAUGAUUUUAUAGAUGACACAUAAGAGGAUAAAAAAUAUAAAAAGAAAUAUAGAGAAAUAGAAGAUGAGUUCGACCAAGAGAUUGAAGAGGAAGAGGAGUUAAAUAAAAAGAAGAAGACUAAGAAUACAAUUUUAAAUUAUACAAACACCACAGCUGUUACCAAUAAUAAGAAAAAGGCAAUUAGCAAGUAGAUUCCAGAUAUUGAUAUUGAAGAAAUUAUGAAGCUAACUGAGAGGAAAAAAAAAAUAGAGUAAGAAGAAGCUCAGCUACUUUAGGAAGAACAAGAACUCUUAGAAUAAGAAAAAAGGGAGGAAGAGGAAAAGAAGCGUAUUAGUUAAGAAGCAAAAAGUAUUUUAAGAGAAGAUUGUGCCUCUUCAAAGACAGCAAAUAGCAGCAAAGGGAAAGUAGAUUAGAAUAUUUUAAAUGCAAUCAACAGAGACUUUUCUGAUGACAGUAAUACAGUAGACAGCAUUUCUGAAUUUUAGAAAUUAAAAAGUUUAGCACAAAAAGCUAAUUUGGCAAACGAGAGCCUAAAAUAAAGCAAAGUCAGCAAUACAGAAAUUAAUUUGACUAACCUCUCUAUUUCUUAAGUGAAAAAGAUCAAUGACUAUAAGAAUGAAGAUGGUUCUGUUGAUGCUUAUUUGUAUGAUUACUUUUAUGAUGCCUAAGUUAAACCUGAUAAAAUAUAUGCAUUUGCCAAAGUUUAAAACAAGCAAACAAAUGCUUUUGAUACUUGUGUUAUUCAAAUUGAUACUAUUAUCAGAAAUCUCUUCUUCUAUCCUUCUUCUGACACAGUUACUGAGCAGCAAAUUAAAAAUGAAAUUGCAGAACUUUUAAAGAAGGAGCAAACAUCACGUAAAAAUGUAGAAUUUUUAGGUGCUUUUGUUGAUAAGAACUACGCUUUUGAAUUGCCUAUACCAAGAGGUAAAAGUAGAUGGUAUUAAGUUGUAAUGUCUUAUGAAUAUGAAGUGAUUAGUCCAGAUACAAAGGGAUAAUAUUUUUCUUAUUGUGUUGGUUCUACUUACAGUGCUUUAGAGACAUUCCUCAUUACAAAGAAAAUUACUGGACCAAGUUGGGUACGCUUUUAAAAUGUGAAGGAUACUACUUCAUGCAUAACAAAUAGAAAAUUAGAAUUUAGAGUAGAUUAUACUAAUUAAUCAAAUAUAUAAGUAUUACAAAAAUAAUUGCCAACUCCUCCCUUGAGCGUUGUUUGUAUCUCACUUAAAACUAGCUAGCAAAUUGUACUCAGUUAAAAGAAAAAGGAAUAUAAAAAGGAAAUCUUUAAUCUAAACAUGAAAUACCACGAAGGUAUAAAUAUUGAUAAUUCAAACAAAGAUGAACUCAACUAGUUUAAGAGUAUUUCCUUCAUAACUCACAUAGAUCCCACUAAAAAGUAAGAUAGUAUCACUAAAAAGGGUACUCUUCCUGAAACAACUAAGUUUUGCUUAAAUGAACUGAACCUAUUAGAGUAGUUUUUAGUUCAUUUUAAUGAGAUUGAUCCUGAUAUUGUUGUGGCACAUGAUCUAUACUCUACUGUUUUUGAAAUUAUUCUCACAAGAAUCCGUGAAAAGGGAAUCAGAAAAUGGAAUCUUCUUUCCAAGCUUAUAAAUAUUGGCUCGUCUGACAUUCCAAAAUAUGGUUCUUCUACUUUUAAAACUAAAAUGGCAAUGAAAGGUCGUCUUUUAGUAGACACUUUAUUGAGUUCUCAAGAAUUCGUUAACUGUGUUGAGUACACUCUUGAAGCCUUGGCUUAAAAGCUCUUUAAAAUAGAAAUUCCCAGAAUAGAUGCAAAGGCUUAUUAAUAGAAAUUCGCUACUUAUAAAUUGCUUAACAGUUUGGUAGAUGACACAUAUUAGGAUAUUGAUUAUGCACUUAGGAUCAUGUACCAUUUACAAAUUGUUCCUCUUACUAAGUAACUUACUUCAAUUUGUGGUAACAUUUGGAUGGGUUCCCUAUAAAACUAAAGAGCAGAAAGAAACGAAAUGCUUCUCCUUCAUAAGUUUAAUUAACUGAAUUACGUUUAUCCUGAUAAUUUUAAAAAUCUACCAGAAUCAUAUAAAAAGAAACACAAAAAUGCUUAGAUUAGAAAGUAAUAUGAAGAAGAUGAGGAUUAAGCUCAAGGAAAUAAAAAUCCUAAAAAGAAAGAAAAUAAAUACAAGGGUGGUUAAGUAUUUGAACCUGAAAAAGGUUUGUAUAAUGAGUACAUCGUACUGUUGGAUUUCAACUCUCUUUAUCCUUCAAUUAUAUAGGAAUUCAAUGUUUGCUUUACUACUUGCGUGAGAGAUCCUAUACCUCUUGAAAUGCAAAUGGCUCCCUUCUUGGGAAAUAAAAAGGCUGCUAUUUAAUACUCUAAAAAUUAAAAUACUAAAGAGAAUAAAAUGUAAGAUGAAGACGAGGAAGACAAUGAAAAUGAAUAAAUUGUUCAAACUCAUGAUGUUCUUCCUACCAUAGAAGUUAUUAAAGGAAUUGCUCCUCUUCCAUCAAUUUUAUAAUAUUUGGUAGAACAAAGAAAAGUUGUAAAGAAUCAAAUCAAAGGCUAAAAAGAUCCAUAAGUUAUCGAAACUUUAGAUAUUAAAUAGAAAGCUUUCAAGCUUGUUGCUAAUUCUAUGUAUGGUUGCUUGGGUUUCAGCUCUUCUCGUUUCUAUGCUAUGCCACUUGCAUCCUUCAUUACAGCUAAAGGUAGACAUAUUCUAUUUGAUUCAAAGAAAAUUGUAGAAGACAUGGGCUAUUCUGUAAUCUAUGGUGACACAGAUUCUUUGAUGAUAAAACCUGGCACAAAUGAGUUCCUUGAAGCAGUAAAAACAGGCUUAAGCAUAAAAAUAAAAGUCAACAGCAAAUAUAAGAAACUUUAAUUAGACAUUGAUGGUGUGUUCAAAAAUAUGCUUUUACUCAAAAAGAAAAAAUAUGCUACUUUGAAGGUUGCAAACUGGGAAGAGGUAAAAAAUACAAAUGCUCCUGAAAAGUUAGAAAAAGAAAUUAAAGGUAUUGACGUUGUUCGUAGAGAUUGGUGUUAAUUAUCCAGAGAUGCUGGUAAUAAAAUCCUAGAAAUUAUAUUAGAGAGCAAAAGCAGUGAAAAUAUGUUAGAUGAUAUCAAGAAAUAUUUGAUUUAGCUGAAUGAUGACAUAAAUUAAAAGAACAUUAAAAACAGCAACUAUUAUAUCACUAAGCGUUUGACUAAAAGAGUAGAUUAAUAUGGUGAAAAGAACCUUCCUCACGUAGCUGUUGCUCAAAGAUCCAUUUAAGAAAAAGGUAUUGACCCUUAAACAUACGUCAAUCAAAUUAUCAGUUAUAUCAUCUGCAAAAAUGAAUAAUCUAGCAGAUUAGUAGAUAAGGCUUAUAGUCCUUAAGAAUUUAUCACUUAAAGUAAAAGUUUGGAAAUAGACUUAUAAUACUAUAAGAGAUUUUAACUUUUUGAACCAAUAAAGAGAAUGUUAGAAGUAAUCGAGGGUAUUAAUCUUUAAGAAAUUGCAAGUAUUCUUGAAGUUCACUACUCUGUCUAGCAUGUUAGUUAAAAUAAUGAACUAAAUGCUGAAAAUGUACUUAACUUGAAGAGUAAAAGAAAUCAAUUUUUAACAUCUAUUCCUCGUGUAUUGGUAGAUUGUAAGAAGUGUGAUCAAACUUUCUUGUUUUUAGGUAUUCUUGAAGAAAAUGCAGAUGCUGCUUCGAUUCUAAAAUGCAAGUGUGGAAACGAUAUUUAUAUUUAACUUAAAAAUAAAAUAGCUCUUGUUGUUAAAGAGUUAAUUAGAAAUUUUGAAGAAAAUGCAAUUCAAAUUGAUAAUGAAGAAUUUGAAUAUACUCACUAAAUUUCUUUAGUAGGAAAAGCCAAAUAAUAAAAAAUGAGUAGCUUCACUUUGAACUAAAAGCUUCUUUCUAUUCAAGCUAUGUUUGAUAUCACAAAAGAGGAAUAAGAAAAUACUCAAAAGGUCACUAUAGAAAAAAUAAAAACAAUUAAAAAAACACUUGAUGAUUUAUUGUCAAAAUCUUAAUACAAUAAUUUAAAUUUAAGCAAUAUUUUUACAAGUUUCGGGUUAUUAAAAUGA